GCUGGGAUUGGAUGUAGGCUGCCUGUCAGGAAGAAAGAGAUGCUAUGCUGAGGCCGAAAACUCAGACAGAACCAGGACACGGACGAUGUUGGAAUAUCUUAACUGGGGGAUUUUAAAGUGUGUUGGGAACUCGGAGCGAUUUGAAAGUAGCCCAGCUUGAGCGGAGCAGCGACACCGGGUCUCCGUGUUCCCGCUGCGGACCGUCGCGGCUGUUCGUCUCUUGCCUGCUGCUCUCACAAAUGCGAAGCCGGCGCUGUUUUAAUGAGACUGGAGCUGCCGUGUUUUCGACGCAGCACAGACCGGUGUGAGAUUAAGUCUUUAUUUAGCCCGAAGCAAACGGAAAGGCUCAGAUGUCGUUGCUGGUAGCCGGGGCUAACAGCCGAGGCUGCUGGGCCACAUAAAUAUCCCGAGAAAAUCCCAACCUGAUGGAGCGAGUGAGCGACGGAGCACGGGCUUAUUUUGCGCCAGAAGGACCGUUAUGACUGAGCUGCAGGCUCAGCUCUCUUUUUAAAAAGCGCCACGGGGUUCAGUGCUGGGUAUUGAUUUGAUCGAGGGCUCAUAAAAGCAGCAUUUGGAGGUUCUCUGCAUCAGUGCUAUGACUCAGCCUGGACAGCAGCUCCUACCCACAUAGAGGUCACUUUACCUCUCUUUCUAUCUGCUUUGGUCCAGAGGAUGCUGGGAAUGUGUCGCGGGCGCCGGAAGUUCCUGGUGGCCUCCCUCGCCCUGCUCUUCAUCCCAGCACUUACGUGGCUUUACCUGUCAGUCGGGAGCUUUCAAGUGAAGCCCCUCCCUCUUUCUCCAUUGGAAGCCCUGUCAUCAACCCCGGUGGGCGGAGCCGGUGAACGGCAGGCCUUAGAGUUGCGGGUUCGGGUCGUGGAGGAAGAGAACCGGGCGCUGCGCCGAGAGCUUAGCCGUCCACCUAGGAGCCCAUCUGCACAGCUUCCAAGCAAUAAUCAUCGUGGCAACCAAAGCCGAACACAUUCAGAGGAAGGCACAGGUGACAAUGAGAGCCAGAAAGCUGUUACAGUGGGUAAUAGCUCAGACUGUGUCCGACACCCAGUGGUGGAUAAGUGUGAGACCAUCCAUGUGGCCAUUGUAUGUGCAGGUUACAACGCAAGUCGAGAUGUGGUGACGCUGGUUAAAUCUGUCCUCUUCCACAGGCGGAAUCCCCUUCAUUUCCAUUUCAUCACAGACUCCAUUGCUCAGCAGAUCCUGUCCUCCUUGUUUCAUACAUGGAUGGUUCCUGCUGUCAGGGUGGACUUCUAUGACGCAGAUGAGCUGAAGUCCGAAGUCUCAUGGAUUCCUAACAAACAUUACUCUGGGAUUUAUGGGCUAAUGAAACUGGUACUGACAAAGACCCUGCCAUCAGAUCUACAGAGAGUCAUCGUUCUAGACACAGACAUCACCUUUGCCACUGACAUUGCUGAACUCUGGGCCGUCUUCCACAAGUUCAAAGGUCAGCAAGUUCUAGGUCUGGUAGAGAACCAGAGUGACUGGUAUCUGGGGAACCUGUGGAAGAACCAUCGACCCUGGCCGGCACUGGGCAGAGGCUUUAACACUGGGGUUAUUUUGCUCCUCCUGGAUCGUUUGCGGAAGCUCAGAUGGGAGCAGAUGUGGAGACUGACUGCAGAAAGGGAACUAAUGAGCAUGCUGUCCACUUCCUUGGCAGACCAGGAUAUCUUUAACGCUGUGAUCAAACAAAACCCGUUCCUGGUUCAUCAGCUGCCUUGCUUCUGGAACGUCCAGCUGUCUGACCACACCCGUUCCGAAAAGUGCUACAAAGAUGUGUCCGACCUAAAGGUGAUCCACUGGAACUCUCCAAAGAAGUUGCGAGUAAAGAACAAGCAUGUGGAAUUCUUCCGGAAUCUCUAUCUUACCUUUCUGGAGUACGAUGGCAACCUUCUGCGACGAGAGCUGUUCGGCUGUCCCAGUGAGGCUGACCACAACAGUGAGAAUAACGCAGUCCAACACGAUCGUCACCUCUUUCUUCGGCCUCACCCAGGAUUCCUGCAGAACAUCCAAUGGUCCUCUCACCUGCCUGCUAUAAAGGAGCAGGUGAAAAAGCUCCAGAAGACACUGUCAGAGCUGGAUGAAGAUGAUCCGUGCUACGAGUUUCGUCGAGAGCGAUUCACUGUCCAUCGAACACACCUCUACUUCCUGCACUAUGAGUAUAAACCCAGCUCUGACAACACAGAUGUCACUCUCGUCGCCCAACUCUCUAUGGACAGGCUCCAGAUGUUGGAGGCCAUCUGUAAGCACUGGGAAGGCCCCAUCAGCCUCGCCCUGUACUUGUCAGAUGCUGAAGCCCAGCAGUUCCUUCGCUAUGCUCAGGGCUCUGAGGUGCUGAUGAGUCGUGGGAAUGUCGGUUACCACAUUGUCUACAAGGAGGGUCAGUUCUACCCAGUCAACUUGCUACGAAAUGUGGCCAUGCGACACGUCAACACACCCUACAUGUUCCUAUCAGACAUUGACUUCUUGCCUAUGUACAGCCUCUAUGAGUAUCUCAGGAAGUCUGUGGUGCAGCUGGACAUGGCCAACACCAAGAAAGCUCUAGUGGUUCCCGCCUUUGAGACACUUCGGUAUCGACUGUCAUACCCGAAAUCUAAAGCCGAGCUGCUGUCUCAGCUGGACAUGGGCACACUCUUCACCUUCAGAUAUCAUGUGUGGACUAAAGGCCAUGCACCAACUAACUUUGCCAAAUGGCGGACAGCCACCACUCCCUACAGAGUGCAGUGGGAGGCUGACUUUGAGCCCUAUGUUAUGGUGAGGAGGGACAGUCCUGAGUAUGACCGCCGCUUUGUGGGCUUUGGCUGGAACAAGGUGGCUCACAUUAUGGAGCUGGAUGCACAGGAGUAUGAAUUUGUGGUUCUGCCCAAUGCUUUCAUGAUCCAUAUGCCUCACGCACCCAGCUUUGACAUCACCAAGUUCCGCUCCAAUAAGCAGUACCGGGUCUGCCUGAAGACUCUGAAGGAGGAGUUCCAACAGAACAUGUCGCGGCGGUACGGUUUUGCCGCCCUUAAGUACAUGACGGCUGAAAACAACAGCUAGCCACCACUGCGGACCCUCAUAGCCCCAACUUUGAACUACUGACAUGCUCCACAGGCUGCACGAGGGGAGCAUAGUGUGAACGGAAGCCUGUGUGGGUCCUGGGGAUACUUUGAGACUUAAGUCCCUCAGAACAUUGGACACUGAGUGUGACAAUGCAAGGGCUCUUUUGUUCCAACUUUGUCAUCAGUUGUGGAUAAAGGAGAAAAUCUGUGAAGUGUUUCUUUCUCCCAGGAUGUUAAAGCUAUGAAUGAUCGCACAAGGGACUGCUGGGGCUGGGCCCCAGGUGUGUGGGCCUCAAGCUUCAGUUAUGGAAUGUGAUAGACAGCAAACAAAAAUAUUGCCUUGCCAUAUUUCUAAGACCAAUGACAGUGUUAUGGCUAUGUGUAACAUUAUGUGUGUGGGUGUGUGUUUGUAUGUGUGUGUGAAGGUAGAUACGUGUGUGUGUGUGUGUGUGUGUGUGUGUGUGUGUGUGUGUGUGUGUGUGUGUGUGUGUGUGUGUGUGUGUGUGUGUGUUCUGCCAGGACAGUGCUUAGCAGGGUGUAGAGCAUUGUGGACUUAAUAAGCUUUCCAAAACUAUGAAGUAACAGGAAGCUGCAGUAUGACUGACAGCACAGCCCCGGCUCCAAUGCAACCAAUCUGCAGGCAGCAGGACAAAGAGGUCAACAUGUUGACAGAGAGUUAAAAAAGCUUAUUGUGACGAGUGAGACAAACUCAGAUACUGAGGGUAGCAGCCAUCUGACCAUCUGCUGCUGCUGAAUUUGUUUCAUGGCUGAUACAGAUCAGAGUAAAUCUUCCUACUCGUAUGACAAAUAAGCUAAAAGUGUAAUAAUGGCUGGAGGCCAUCCGCUUGGUUAAUAUUCAGGGGAUCUCCACAUCAGCCCUGUAGUGUGUCUUCUGUUUUGGUACGACUACAGAAUGUGACAGCAGAUGGAAGCAUUGUCGCUUAGUUAACUGCCUCCCAUAACAGAGUGCAGCAACAAGGCCCAACAGCUCUGUCACCUGGCUUGCCUCCACGCAUCUGACGGGAGGAAGCCGGGACAGGCUUACUAUGACCUACAUGCCAUCCGAUUGGCUGAGCAAAGUCAUGUGGUUGAAGCCAUGUAUUUGUGAUGCGUUCAAUGGCAGGAAAUAAGUGCAGGAAAUUACUAAAUGCUAGUAAAACAGAUUUUACUCUGGGUUACAUCAGCAUUAUCUAUGAGGGUUAAAUGGUUGAUGGGAGGAUGGGAAAUCUGUAAAAAUCUACCAGUUCCAGUUAGGAGAGUCCCAAGCACUUUCUUCCUCACACUCGUUCUUUCUCCCUCUGGCCUCUAGUUUGACAGCAGUUCAAUUCAGUUUUUUUUUAUAUAGCGCGAAAUCACAAUAAUAGGUGCCUCAAGGUGCUUUAAUGUAAGGUAAAGACCCUACAAUGAUACUAUAGCAGCCAAAUGAGCCAAUAACACAGUGCCAGUGUGCGCUCUCUUGUUUGUGAGGUGUCACACCAUCAGUUGGUGUAUCGUCAACUUAUUAUUGGUCUGGUAUGAAUGUUGUGCCACUAAUUUCAUGUUAUCUGGAGAGGCUGUGGACAGACUGGCAGCCAUAGAGUCCUGAUAACAAGUCACUGCUGCGCAUUAAUGUCCUGUAUGAUAUUAUAAAGAAAAACUAAAGUUAGAUACGGGUCUAAAGACAUAAGGAACACAAAUCACUGCAGGAAUAAUUUUGUAAUCAAUACAGUGAAAGUGAAACUGAACGUUUUGACAUGGAUAUUAUGGAAUACUUGAAAAAAUAUUGAAAAAAAAAUGAUAAUAUGAUGAUACUGGUCUUGGUCAAAUAGUGCAAAAAAUAUUCUCCUGUCUUUUCCAAUUCACAUGACUUCAGUGGAAAACAUCAUGAGGUCAGGUGAGGAAAGAAGUAGUGAAGCAGAACCCCGGUAUUUAACCUAGAUUUGGUUUGUCACCUUUAAAAUGGUCCUGAAAGUUGCUGACCCACUAAUCAUCAUGUGAUUUGCCCCAGGAGUCACAGUGUGAAACGGCUGUGUAAAGGUCCGAUCGCUUCUCCUGUGCACUGCACACAUUGCUGUAGUCAAAUUAUUUAAUCUUGGCAAUACAGCAAUACCUAAUAAGGUAGCCACCCCAGGUAUCAUCCUGGGGUGGCUGUAGCUCAGGAGGAAGAGCAGGUCAUCUACUGAUCGCAAGGUUAAUGGUUUGAUCCCUGGCUCCAAGUUGCAAGGUCUCUCAAGCAUCCAUCAGUGUGUGAAUUUUAGCUAGGAAGCACUGAAAGGAAAGUGCUUCUGUGAAUGUGGCGUGUUGUAUAAAGUGCUCCAGGAGAGUAGAAAAGUGCUAUAUAAGAAUCAGUCCAUUUACCUUUUUUUAUUAAUUUUUAUUGAGUCUGCUUUACAAAGCGUUUCACACAGGGAUGAACUUCAUGCAAAGGUAAUUUCAAGAAGAGUUCAUUUAUGGAUAUAACAAAUUGUUCAAAAUAUAUAUAUCUUUGACUAGGAUGUAGAUGAUGAUCUGUGUUGCUUGUCAGUCCACUUAUAGGACACCAUCACUGCUUUCCUGUCAUAGGAAAUAAAGGCAGCACUGAACCACGUUUCCUGAAUUCACCCUGAUAUAAUUAUGGCUCAAAUUCUUCUGUGCAGCUUCACUCAGCUAGGAAAAGAAAAUCUGAUUAUCUGAGCACAGCUGCUGCCCUUGUGUUUCCUGGUGCCUGCUGUAGUUCAGUCAUGAGUGUGGUGGUAAAGCAACCUGUUACCUAAGCAACCAAAAUUUAAUAAAACUAACACAUGUAUUUUAAUCCACAUCAGUCCUUCUUCCUGCAAGUUAGGCGUGUAAAAAUUGUUAACUGAAGGUGCAGUCAGCUGCAGUUAUGGAUUCACUCUUCCACUUUGAGCAGCUGGAGGCACAGCGGCCUCUGUCAGGUCCCAGCCAGGAUCAGAGUGAACGCGUCAUUAGGCAGCAACUUGUCACUCAGUCCUAGUCUCCAAAAAACUCCCUGGACUCUAGCAGAGACACACAAACUUGAUACUGAUGUGAAACUAGAGGCCUCUCUCUCACACACAUCACAGUGAUCUCUCACCCUGUACAGGAAGCUGCACAAGGUCUUGGUGCAGGUUAGUGUGUAUGAGUGUGAAGAAGCUAUCUAAGUGACUGUUGUAUGAUAUUUGGUCUUCAGCUGUGUGAAGUGUAAUCUGUUAGCCUUGCAGGGCUGAGCGGGGCUGCAGUGUGUGAGUAGGACAGUGCUGAUUGAUGCUGCUACCUGAAUAAAAGCAAAGAGUCAAAGCGUGCCGUUUCAUCAUUCCUGCUUCUGUGAACGCCAGUUUAACCUCAUGUACACAAUAACUAAGAACACAGCUGUCACUACAGUAUAGGGGAAAUAGCCCAUUCUGUUUUCAGUAGUCUGAGGGACGUCUUUUUGGUUUGUGGCGACAUUUCAGCUCGGAUCAAGGAGCCUCUUCAUUUCUAACAACUGAUGGAGACUCCCAUUUAACCCAGACUUGGUUUGUGACCUUGGAGAUGGUCCUGAAGGUCACUAACCCAAUAAUCAUCAUGUGAUUUGUCCGAAGCCGAGGUGUAAAACAGCUAUGUAAGGGUCCAAGCACUCCAAAGUGCACCGCACAGCUUAGACUACAUUUUCAUUCAUUCUUGCUCGCCACUGCUGCCAGGAUAUCUGAUACACUGGAUAUGUCUUCGCUGUGUGUUGAAAUCACCUCCCCAGGCACCCUUGUCAGACAAGCAUUGGGUUUACUGCGACCCUCUCCUCCACAGUAAAGAGAAGAACUAUUUAGCACCUUUUUAUAGUGUUAACAAAAUGCUUUGAUCCAUCCUUCCAUUUUCUUCAGUUUACCCGGGUCGCGGGGGCAGCAGCCUACACAAAGACGCCCAGACCUCCCACUCCCUAGCCAGCUUCUCCAGCUUAUAAAUAAAAUCUCUCCAGUGUGUCCUGGGUCUGCACUGCACUACCCAGAACACCUCACCCAGGAGGCAUUAUUGUCAGAUGCCUGAACCACCUCAACUGGCUCCUUUCAAUGUGGAGGAGUAGCAGCUCUACUCUGAGCCCCUCCCAGAUGGCCACGAGUGAUUCUCGUCUUUUCUGCACUGGAGUGGACUGUGAACCACUCCAGUGCGAGCUGGAGGCCACCAUCCUGAUAAAGCCAACAGAAUCACAUCAUCUACGAAAAGCAGAGAGGAGACUCUGAGACACAGCUUUUCGGUUUGGCUUUUAACCCAGUACAGAAAUGUUCAUUUUAUUCGGAUUUUGUUGUCUUUCUGAUGUUGGUGUUCUAUAUUGUAUUUUUAUUUUUAGCAUUUAUAUUUUUUCUUAUUUAUGAUCAGCACUUUGGUCAGUGCUAGCUGUUGUUGAAGUACUUAAUAAAUAAAGUUGUCUUGGCUUGGCUUCACCCAAGUGGAAGCCCUCUGCCACUUGGCUA